AUGACUCUAAAUUUCCUUUGCAUUGCUUUACCACUAGUUGCAUUGCUUUUCAUCAGCUCCCAGUGGAUUGUCUUUUCGAAACCUGUCGAAUAUCAAAUAGAAACACUAUCAGCCACUUCCCAACCAUUGUCUUUUUCCUUCACACUUGGUCGGCAAUCUUCAUCACAAAACGAAUUAAUUUACUUUCUUUCUUUUUACCAAUUAUUCGAAUUCAACCAAAAUGGUGGAAAAUUGUCACAAUUAAUUGGUUGUGAUUCCUCUUCAUCUGGCAGUAAAUUGUCAUGUGAAAGCUUUUCGCAUUUCAAGAAUGGUGCUAAAUUCUCAUCUGCCAAUCGAACCAAUAUUUUGUUUUCCAGUUUUCAUGUGGACGAAAGUGAUGAAAAUCAAAUUUAUCUUUCCAGUUUUUAUCAAAUUUAUUUAUUUAAUAAGAGGGAAGGUAUUAUUACACUACUUUCCGAUAAGGAUUUUGAUAAAAAAACGAAUGCACGAGAUGGAAUGUUUCUAAACGAAACUGUAUUUACUGAAAUACGGUCAAUUACGAAAGAUUUUAUUGGAAAUAUGUUUAUUUGUGAUGAUGAAGUAAUUUACAAAGUUGGUUUAGAUGGAAUUUUACGAGAAUUGACCUCUCGUGAGGGAACUUCACUUAAAAAACAAAACGGCUAUUCGAAUCAGACUAUUCUCCUGAACCCAACUUUUAUUUCACAUCAUAAGGGUUAUAUAUAUGGAUAUGACAUAUUUUCCAUCUUUAAAAUCAAUAUAGAAACAGGUUGGUUGACUGUUAUUUCAGGAAAAGUAUUUGGUUCAUCAUCUGGCACUGAUGGACCUGCGUUGGAUACCGUAAUUUCGCCGAAAGGUCUUUCGUUUCUUCCAGACGAUUCGAUUCUGACAUUGGAUCAUGAAUAUUUCAAGAUUAUUAAUCAGACAGAUGGAAUGUUGAGAACACUAUUUAAAUUAGAAAGUUUCAAGCCAAGUACAAGUUCUUUCGUUUUUGGGAAUUAUUUGAUUGGAAAUGAAAACAAAAUUCUAAAGAUUGAUUGGUUGGCUGGAAGAGUUUCAUUAAUUUUGAAAGGAGGAAUAGGUGCUUUUGGAGAUGGAGUUAAUUUAAAGAAUAGAUAUUUCAAAUCAAUUUCUGCAAUUGCAUUUAAUGAGUCGAGUGGUGAAUUAUUUGUUGCCGAUUCAUCAUCUGAAAAUACUUUGGAAAAAAUUAACAUUUCAAAUGGAACGUUGCAAAGCAUUUCUCUAACAUUUUCGAAUGUUUCAUGUUGGAAUUCAUCAAUAGAGACGAGGAGUGUUAUUUCAUAUAAUCCAGUUUCAUUGCAAAUCAAGGAUUCGAAUUUGUUUUUGGCAAAUACUGGAAGCCAAAGUUCAAUUCAAAAAUUUGAUCUAGCUCAGAAAGGUGGAUCGAGUUGUUUUUAUGCAGGUUCAAUCAGUAGUGAUAGAUUAUUAUCUAGAUCUGGACCUCUUUCAGUGAUAAUGAAUAAUCCAAAUGGAAUUCAUUGUUCACAAGUUUAUGAUGAAAUUUAUAUUGCAGGUGAUGGAGGUUUGGCUAUUAAUGCUCAGUUAGAUAGACCUCAUUCAGUUUAUUAUGAAGGUAGCACAAGAACUCUGUACAUAGCAGACUCUGGUAAUCAUCGAGUGAGAUCUGUACAAAUGGAUACUGGAAUAAUUUCAACAAUUCUUGGAACUGGAAAUUCUGGUUUCAAUGGAGAUGAUAUGAAUCCGUUAGAAAUUCAACUAAAUUUCCCAAAAUACGUUGUCCACUCACCAGGAUGGGGUCUAUUCAUUUCAGAUAGCAAUAACCACAGAGUGAGAUGGUUAAACAAUUCGGUUGUGACUACCAUUUUAGGAAGUGGAAAUUCUGGUUCAAAAAUUGUGACUAACAAUCCGACUCUGACUGAGCUUACUUCACCAUUUGGAUUAUUUUUUGAAGCCUUGGCAAGUACUCUCUACGUUGCAGGAACUAAUUCACCUGGUUACAAUGGAGAUGGUAUGAAUCCAACACAAGCCAAGUUAUUUCUUCCUAGUUCUGUUUUCAUGUUAUCUAAAUAUGAAAUUUACAUUGCUGAUUCGUAUAAUAAUAGAAUUAGAAAGAUUAGUAAUGGAAUUAUUUCAACAUAUGCAAUGGCUUCUCAAAAGACAGAUCUCAAUAUACCAAUUGGAAUGUGUGGAUAUGGAAAUGACCUCUUUAUUUCAACCGAGAAUGAAAUAAUAGAAUUAGUUGGAAGUUAUAUUUAUAAGAAAGUGGGAGGAUUAGGAGAUGGAUUGAACGUCUUCUAUGCUCACGUCAAUCCAACAAAGAUUCUCUUCUAUCCAGACAAUAGAAUGUUAAUUUCAGAAUCAAGUACGAAUAGAAUUCGAUUGGUGAAUGAAAAUGGAACGAUUUCAACAAUUGCUGGAACUGGUAAAUUUGGAUAUGGAGGAGAUACAAGUGAGGCCAAUGUUGCCAUACUUGCUUCACCGACUGGUCUGUCAUUUAGCCCUAAUCAUUCCACAGUUUACUUUGCCGAUUCCUCCAAUAAUCGUAUCAGAAAAUUGGUUUCGGAUUUGGUUUUCCUUGUUGCUGGCACAGGGGAUGCUGGAAAAUCCUCAUCAACCGAUCCUUUUCAAUCCAAAUUCAAUAAUCCUAGACUAAUUGCCACUCUCACCAAUGGAGACGUUGUAAUUGGAGAUACUCUGUCCAAUGAAAUUCGAAUUAUUUCCAAUAAGGAAGGAACAAUUCGAACAAUUGCUGAUAUCACAGCAGCCACCGACAUGAUUUCCACACAAAACAAUACUCUCUACAUCUCCACCAAUGAACAGAUCAUCAAGGCAACUCCACGCUGUGAAACAGGAUUCCAAUUAGUGAAACAAAACACUGAAUGUGUUCCAAUUUGUUAUGGAAUGUUUGAGAGUGGAAUGGUUUGUUCAAGUCGUGGUGAAUGCACUUCUCCAGAUAAUUGCAAAUGUUGGAAUGGAUUAUACACGGGAAAGGAAUGUGAAAUUCCAAUUUGUUUUGGGAUCUCUGCAAAUGAUCCUAAUGUAUGCUCGUAUGGAAAUGGAACUUGCAUGAUCAAUAACAAGUGUCAAUGUUUGGAUGGAUUUUAUGGAGAAACUUGUCAAUUUCCAAUUUGUUUUUCUAAAAUAAUUGGAGAAUCAUGUGGUGGACCAAGCAGAGGAGCUUGCACCAAUAAGGAUGUUUGUAAAUGUGGUCAAUUUUACACUGGCGAACAAUGCCAAUACCGAAUGUGUCAAGGAAAGAGUGAAAUAGACAAAUCUGUAUGUAGUGGACAUGGAAAAUGCCAAGCUAAUGGAAGAUGUGAAUGUGACACUCUUUAUAUUGGAGAUGAUUGUUCCAAUAUGUCACAAAUUUAUGGAUUGAGCAUUGCUUCUGCACUCAUUAUUGUUAUCCUCACUACAAUGUUGGUAGUUUCUCUCAUUUUGGGAGUAAUCGUCUAUAGGAAGAAUAGGCGAGAGAAGAAAAUAAUCGAAACUGAACUCUCACUUGAUGAAAGAUUAUUAUCCUCAACUGAUAUAUAUGAAAUGUCUCUAUCUCACGGUUCAUUAGCAUCGCAUGCUACUGUAUCAACUGAAGAUGCUUCUUCCUUCGUGAUUCCACUUCACAAGAUUGGAAUGGAUAAACCAAUUAAGAGACUUGGAGAAGGUGGAAUGGGAAGUGUUUUUAUGACCAAAUUUAAUGGAAUGACAGUUGCUGUCAAGGUCUUUGAUUUGAAUAACUUGAAUAUUUCAGAGGAGGAUUUCAAGAAUGAAGCAAUAGUAUUAAGCAAACUUCGUCAUCCAAAUAUUAUUAACUUUUAUGGAAUUUCUACAUCACCAACUAAACGAUACAUUAUCAUGGAAUGUUUGGAUCAGAGCUUGGAGAAGGUAAUUGCCAAAUUGGAAAUGAAACAAUUAUCUUUCACACUCGAACAAAAAUUGAGAAUGUUGCUGAAUAUUGCUAAUGGAAUUGAAUAUUUGCAUUUUUUGAAACCGAGGAGGAUUAUUCAUCGCGAUUUGAAAACAGCUAAUAUUCUACUAGACUCGAAUGGAAACUGCAAGGUUUGUGACUUUGGGUUGAGUAAAUCCAUUUCACAAGCAACUGUUUCCGCACUUACUAAUCAAUUGGGUACACAUUUUUAUAUGGCUCCAGAAUUAUUCGAUAUCAAACCGAUUGAUCCGACCUAUGCCACAUCAGUUGAUAUCUACAGUUUUUCUAUUAUCAUGUGGCAAUUACUAUUCGAAAUUAAGGAUCCCUAUCUCAGUAAAUCUCCAGAAAUAUUGAGAAAGCUUGGAACUACCUCAAUUCUUGAACAAGUAACUUCCUACCAAUUGACCAAAAUGAUUUGUGAGAACAACCACAGACCAAGCAUUCCUUUCAAUUCCAUUGAAUCAUGCCAUGAAUGGUGUUUCGAAUACAUGCCUUCCUCCCAAGACGAAUCUCCUCAAAUCUUUGCACUUUCCCAAUUAAUCCAAGAAUGUUGGCAAACUGAUCCAAAACUCCGACCAAACAUUGAACAAGUUAUCCAACACCUUCAAUCCCUACUCACCUAAGGAGAAGGUAAAAACCCAUAUCACAUCAUCCUACUAUCUUCUUUCUCUAAUUUUUUGUAAACUCUCUUCCAAUUCCUCAAUAAAUCCACACGAAAAAAUUUGGC